AUGUCGACUCCAUUGAAUAUUGAUAACGUAUCAAACUGGACAUCAAAUGAUUUUGAAGAAUUAAAGAAAAUUAUUCAUGAUUUAAUUCCACACAUUAGAUGGUUUCAGAUUCCUUCAAAAACGUUUUGGAGAAACGUCGAUCCAUAUGAAUCAAUCUUUCCAAGGAAUCUUUAUAAAGAUAUUAUUGGAUACCAUUUCGAUCCAGACACACCACCAGAUACAUUAGUUUUACCUCAAAGAAAUGACCUAUCUUUUAAUUCUGUUCUUAUCAACAAAAAUCAUUUCCUAAUUCUUGCAAGUUUAAUUGAUAAAAAAGACAAAUUCUUUUAUGGUUCUAGAAAUAUCCCUUAUUCAUUUAAGCUUCUUUUUCGUGCUAGUAGAGAUGGGUUUGAAGUAAAGACAUUUCAUGAACUAUGUGGUAACAAAGGUCCAACUAUAAUGAUUUCAAAAUUGCAAGAGAAUGGUAAAUUAAUUGGUGGUUAUAAUCCAUUAAGUUGGAAACCUUUUGAAUCGGAAGGUCAUUGGGGCUCAACCUCCGAUAGUUUUUUGUUUUCUUUUGCAAAAAUGGAUGAUCUUGAUUCAAUAUAUAUUUCGAGAGUAAAAGAUCAAAGGUAUGCUGUGUAUUAUCCGUCAGCUUCAAAUAUAGGACCGGCUUUUGGUGGUGGAUGUGAUUUAUUUAUUCAAGGAAAUAAUAUAAAUAGGAAUAAUUUUAUUGCCAAUACGUAUCCCGAAGCAAACAAAAUUUUAGAUCUUAGUGUAAAAAGUAUUGUGGAUUAUGAAAUAUUCCAGGUAAUACAAAAAUAA